AUGCCGGGCUCUUUGAUCUGGGGUGCGCUGGGCAGGUUGGUGUGGCUCUCCUUACUUGCGCCAAGCGCUCUGAUAAUGAUCCUUGUUCCCCCAGCAUCUCUGGCGCAUCCACAGCCAUGUCAGAUUCUGAAGAGGAUCGGACACACGGUGAGAGUCGGAGCUCUGCACCUGCAGCCUCGAGUGUUCAGACAGGAUUCCCUCAGGGGGAGAGAUCCGGACUGGGAUGCAGACAGAGAAACGUGGGGAGAGUGGGACGCGAUCACCCAAAGUAGGCUCGAACAAGGCUGGAGGGGUAUUAGGACUAAUAGCUCAGCGAAUAACCCCCACAAGGCCUCCAAAAGUAAAACCGCACUCAAACAAGUGGGUCCGGAUGCUGUGUUUCUACCUCGAGACUCUGUUCUACUCGCUACAGAGAGCCUCAAUCGAGUGGCGGGGCUUUUACCCUACAACCUCAGCCUUGAGAUAGUCAUGGCCGUGGAAGCAGGACUUGGAGAAUUACCUGCUUUCUCCUUUUCCUCCUCAUCUACACCUGCCUGUGGCGAUCCCGCAACACUCAGUGAUUCAAAGCUUUGCCCAGUUGUGUUCAGGGGGGAAACGGCUAUCAAAAAUUCUCCAAAAUCGUUUGGAUGUUGGAUGGUUGAUCAAACAAGAUGCAUAGUAAUGUACAUCCAUCUCUUUGCUAUGAUAACCACAUUUGUUUCUUCUCAACAGAACUCUCUUCAUUUCCAGAUGGCCAUGCAAAAUCCUCAAACCUCCCAAUCAGAUCUCAUCUUCUCCCUGCUGUCCAUGAACAACUGGUAUGAUGUCAGUCUGGUGAUGUGUCAACAGAUGAACAUUUCAGACUUUGUUUUCUUGCUCCAUAACAACUCCAAAUUUCAUCUGGGGACAGUUCUCAAGCUAUCCACCAACAACAGCUCCAAAAGUGACUUUCAAAUGUCCCUGCAAGUUCAACUGGAGUCCAUCAAGGACUCAACAUCUACCAUAGUGACCUUUGGAUGUGACAUCAGGGAUAUAAGGAGAAUCUUUACUACCAUUGCAAAGUUUGGUCUGAUUCUUCCCGAUUACCACUGGAUUAUAGGAGACUCUCAGAAUGUGGAGAAAUUACGGACAGAGGGGCUACCCAUGGGCCUUCUUGCACAUGGUCGCAUGGGUGAGCCCUCACUGAAUCAUUAUGUCCAGGAUGCUUUGGAGCUGGUGGCACGAGCGGUGGGAUCGGCUGUCAUUGUAUCUCCAGAGCUGGCGCUGAUUCCUGGCAUCACAAACUGUCUGGCAAGACUUGAGACUAAAAAUCUCACAUCAGGAACCUUUCUGUCCAGAUACAUGGCCAACAUGUCUUUUGACGGCCUGAGCGGCUACGUCAAUAUUCAAGAGGAAUCUAUCAUCGUCUCUGAAAGCCAUCACUUCAUCUGGAAUCUCCAGCAUGACCCAGUAGGCAAGCCCAUGUGGACGCGUCUCGGCAGCUGGAAGCAAGGCAAAGUGGUUAUGGAUUACGGUGUCUGGCCUAAUAAGAGACAGUCUCAGCCAGGAGCGGACUGGCAGCAUUCCUCACGUCUACACUUGCGCGCCGUCACCCUGGUAGAACAUCCGUUUGUCUUCACCCGAGACGUUGAUGAAGAAGGCCUGUGCCCGGCUGGCCAGCUGUGCCUUGACCCCCUAACAAAUGACACAGCCUUUUUGGAAAGUCUUUUUCAGAGUCUGCAAGGUGCCAACGACAGCGUCCCCAUGGAGUUUAAAAAAUGUUGCUAUGGAUAUUGCAUUGAUCUUUUAGAGAAGCUAGCAGAGGACAUGGGGUUUCACUUCAACCUCUACAUUGUGGGAGACGGGAAAUAUGGAGCUUACAAGAACGGUCGCUGGACAGGGCUGGUCGGGGACCUCAUGAGCGGGGCGGCACAUCUGGCUGUCACUUCCUUUAGCAUCAACUCAGCACGCAGUCAGGUCAUUGACUUCACCAGCCCAUUUUUCUCCACCAGUCUGGGAAUCCUCGUCAGGACUAGGGAUACGGCCGCACCUAUCGGCGCCUUCAUGUGGCCCCUGCACUGGAGUAUGUGGCUGGGAAUAUUCGUGUCUUUACACGUGACGGCCGUGUUCUUGACCUUGUAUGAGUGGAAAAGUCCUUUCGGCAUGACUCCGAGGGGAAGGAACAGGGAACGUGUAUUUUCUUUCUCCUCUGCACUAAACGUUUGCUACGCAAUUCUAUUCGGCAGGACUGCCGCCAUUAAGCCACCAAAGUGUUGGACCGGCAGAUUCCUCAUGAACCUCUGGGCCAUAUUCUGUUUGUUCUGCCUUUCAACGUACACUGCUAAUCUCGCCGCUGUAAUGGUUGGUGAGAAAACCUACGAGCAACUCUCAGGUAUACAUGAUCCCAAGCUCCACCAUCCAUCACAAGGUUUCCGCUUUGGAACUGUUCGGGAGAGCAGCGCUGAGGACUACGUGAAAAAAAGCUUCCCAGAGAUGCAUGAAUACAUGAGACGAUAUAAUGUCCCUGCAACCCCUGAUGGGAUAGAUCAUCUUAAGGAUGAUCCCCAAAAGCUGGAUGCUUUUAUAAUGGACAAAGCUCUUUUAGACUAUGAAGUGUCUAUUGAUGCAGACUGCAAGACGCUGACAGUGGGAAAGCCUUUUGCGAUUGAAGGCUAUGGCAUUGGGCUCAAACAAAACUCUCCUCUGACUUCAAAUAUCUCUGAGUUGGUCAGUCAGUACAAAUCUGAUGGGUUUAUGGACAUGCUGCAUGAUAAGUGGUAUAAGGUUGUACCCUGUGGUAAAAGAAGCUUUGCAGUCACAGAAACGUUACAGAUGGGGAUAAAGCACUUCUCAGGGUUAUUUGUCAUGCUGUGUGUUGGAGUGGCCCUGUCUCUCCUCACCACACUGGGUGAACACAUCGUCCAUCGCUGGCUGAUACCCAGAAUGCAGCAGUCAUCACAGCAUAAGUACUGGCUCCACACCAGUCAACGAUUACAUCGUGCACUUAACCCGACUUUCAAAGAAGACAAAUUACAGACAGUUGCAAAACCGGAGAAAAGCUGCAAUGUUGGAAACAACCAGCAAAUGCCGUGGAACUCUUUGGGAACCUCCAACUGCAACAGACGAAAACUGUCCAAUCAAGAGGGACAACAAAAUGACCUGGAAUGUUCUCACUGUAAAGAGCUCCUGUCCCCAAAGGACAAGAGACAGCUUCCGUUACAGGCCACAUCGAACGGAAGAACCGACUUGCUUGGCCUUAACCCCACAGUACAGGAACUGACGGACCUGGAAACACAAAUCCAGCUUAUCAAAAAUCAAUUACAGCUUGCCAUGAAGAAGAAAAAAGAGCUGGAACAGUAUCAGAAGACAAAGACUUCAACCGAGUCCUAGACUCGUGGGAGAUUUGGCUGGAGUUUUAUGGGUUAUAUUGUUCAAAAGCUUGGACCUAGAGGUUGAUUAUUUCAGUUGCGGCUCCUAAGGGAAGCAAGAC